AUGUCUUCAUGUGAUCGUCCGUUUACAGUAAGAGAUUUUAGAGAGGAAAUAGAAAAACGAGAAAACGAUGAGAGUCCCGAUAAUCGAAAUUUCCAGGCUAGCCGGCGUGCCGACUGGGUUGAUGAUGAAAUGGACGAGAAAGAUUUGGAAUAUUAUUUAUGGAGAAAAAGAAGGCGUCAAUAUUUGAGAAGAAAAGCUGCGGCGAUGAGAGGAUCUUACAGAUUGAGAGAAAGAUAUCGUGAUAGAUUGGAAGAAGAUCAGGAAAGAGAAAAAGAUGGGGAUUAUCACUAUCAUUACCACGAGGCUCCAAGAUAUGGAUACAGUAGAUACGGUGGAGGAUACGGUAGAUAUGGACCGUAUGGUGGAUACAGUGGAUAUGGAUAUCCAUCGUAUGGAGGAUACAGUGGCUACGGUGGUUACGGCGGUGGUUAUGGAUAUGGAGGUGGUUAUGGAGGAUACGGUGGCGGUUUACUCGGAAAUCUUGUGAAUAUUGGAGCUGGAAGUGGUUUGGGCAUUUCGACACCAAUCGGUGGCAUUGGAAUUUCCCAUGGUUGGGGAAUCGGAAUCGGAUAA